AUGUCCAAGUACACAUCCACACGCGAAGGUUUCCAACUGUCUAUGGAGUUGAGUCUCACAGGCCCGCCCGAGGGAUUUGCGCAAUAUGCUGCGGAGGUGAACACACCAAACUUCUACCACAUCAUGAACAAUCAGCGCUAUGAGUACGACGAGUAUGUCAAGGGAUGCGCUGAGUGGCGUGCCAAGUCUGGCGACUACAAACCAGUGAUUCAUGAGUUCCUUCGGGACGGUGACUCCUUGGCAGCGCGAAUGACGGGAACUAUGAAAAUAGACGGUGUAGAGAAUCAAUUUGAGAGCUUCAUAUUUGCGAAGGUGGAUAAAGAAAGUGGAAGGAUGGAGUGGUUGAAGGAACGAUCCAUUUGGGGACCAGUUGGAAAAGCCCCUGAGCAUGGCGUUAAUUGA